GAUAAACCCGUCAACAAGAAAUGCACACGACCCCCUUCACCGUGUGAAAAAUAACAUGUUAAGAGCAGUGGGCACGAGCCUUUCAACGACCGACGAUGACAACGCAGCUUGGGUCAUAAUUUUCAAAUGAUUUAAACGGGCGCAUGCCAAAUAGUAGGGCUCUCGUGACCCUGUGCGCUGGCUUCGCAACAACACACACACAACAAUCAUUUGAUUGGGGGUUCGUUGUGCGUGCGGUAGGCGGAACCUGGGCACUCUUCACAUCCCACUUUUGAGAAGAUUACGAGGACAAUUGUAGUGGGAAACACAUUACAUUUACGCAGUUUGGAGGGAAGGUGGACGGACGUAGCGGGACAGAGGCAGGACGAAACGCCACGGGAGGAGGCAGACCCAUUAGCGAGCAGAGGAUAGAUCUGUGUGGAGAUAUUUGGAGUUGGGGGAGGACACUGGCACUUCACUGAUCCCAGGAAAAAAAAUAGACACUUCAGUCUCAGAGCACUUUUCAAGUAUUCACAAGUUUGAACAGACGUGUUGUUGCAUACUAAAUAAAGCACCAGAGCAAAUAUGAGUGAAGAUAAACCAGCCGAUACCGCAGAAACUGCUCCGGCUGAGGCGAACGCAAUUCCUAAUGGGAAAGGCCAUGAUCCAGGGGAGGAGAUCUCAGCCAAAACACCACCUGCAGAGGGCGGAGGGAAGGAAACUGUACCCAAUAGUACCCAGAAUGCUAGUCCCCACAGAACUGAGAAUGCAGAGGCCAACCUCCCAGAGGGCCAGGAGUUUUUAUCAGGCGUGGGCGACAAGAAGACCACUCACUUUACAGAUUUUGAGGGGAAAACCUCGUUUGGGAUGUCCGUCUUCAACCUGGGCAAUGCGAUCAUGGGAAGUGGAAUCCUGGGACUGGCAUACGCCAUGGCCAACACCGGGGUCGUCCUGUUUCUGGUACUUCUAACAGUGGUGGCAGUCCUCUCAUCUUAUUCCAUCCAUAUACUACUGAAGUUAUCUGGUAUCGUAGGUAUUCGUGCGUAUGAACAGCUGGGCUACAGGGCCUUUGGGACCCCCGGGAAGAUGGCGGCAGGUAUUGCCAUCACGCUGCAGAACAUUGGAGCCAUGUCCAGUUACCUGUACAUAGUCAAGUAUGAGUUUCCUUUGGUCAUCCAGGCCUUUCUGAGGGUGGAUAAACCUGCAGGUGAAUGGUACCUGAACGGGAACUACCUUGUGAUGAUUGUCUCUGUUGCAAUAAUAUUUCCUCUGGCUCUCAUGAAACAGCUAGGAUACCUGGGAUACACCAGUGGUUUCUCCCUGAGCUGCAUGGUUUUCUUCCUCAUUUCGGUCAUCUACAAGAAGUUCAAUACCCCGUGUCCAUUUUCGGACUUUGCAUUCAAUAGCACUGUCAGUAUGCUGAAUGUCAGUGCCAUGGAUCCUGAUGGGAAUCCGGAUCCUUCCUGUAUUCCAAAAAUGGCCAACCUCAACUCACAAACGGCCUACACCAUCCCCAUCCUGGCGUUCGCCUUUGUGUGCCACCCCGAGGUCCUGCCCAUCUACACAGAGCUGCGCAAUCCCACCAAGAAAAAGAUGCAGCAUGUGGCCAACAUCUCCAUUGCAGUCAUGUACUGCAUGUACUUCCUCGCUGCUCUUUUUGGAUACCUAACUUUCUAUGGUGAAGUGGAAGCAGAGCUGCUUCACACCUACAGUCGUAUCGAUCCGUAUGACAGUUUGAUUUUGUGCGUGCGCGUGGCUGUGCUCACGGCUGUCACACUCACUGUGCCCAUUGUGCUCUUUCCUGUACGGAGAGCAAUAAAUCAAAUGGCGUUUCCCAACAAAACCUUCAACUGGCCACGUCACAUUGCCAUUGCAGUUGUUCUGCUCACUUUCAUCAACCUGCUGGUCAUCUUUGCCCCCAACAUCUUGGGUAUCUUUGGGAUCAUCGGUGCCACAUCUGCCCCUUGUCUCAUCUUCAUAUUCCCUGCUGUCUUCUACCUUCGUAUCGUACCCAAAGAAGAGGAGCCAAUGACCUCAUUUCCCAAAGUCAUGGCCGUCUGUUUUGCUACGAUAGGCGUCCUGUUUAUGAUCAUGAGCCUGAGCUUUAUCAUCAUGGAUUGGACAUCUGGCUCCAGCAAUGCCAGCAGUGGUCACUAGGCACCACUCUCCAUGUUUUUCUUUCAGGUUCUAUAUUGUUGAUUUAGAUCUAUGUUGUAAUGUUACAGUUUUUACUUUGAGUGAUGUUCAACGUUGAAGAUGCCCUAUCUCCUCCAUUAGAGAAUUUCGGCCACAGAGAAGGAGUCUAAAGUUCAGGAAGGCUCUCAAUUUCUCCACAAAAGCUCUCACCCUAAUGACAUUACACUGUACUGUACAUCCUGCCAAACAGGGACUGCCGAUCCACUCCAGUAGACUUUCCUGGAAAGUUGUUAAUAGGUUGUUGACAUUUGAAGGCUGUGCCUUGAUAGGUGGAUGUAAGAGAAUAUAAAGCAACACUUUACAAAGCUGCUGUCUUUAUAUGCCUUCCCCUGUGAUGUUGGUUGUGAGCAUAUGCCGCCUUUUACCAACUCUGUGUUGUCCCUAACAUGGUAUCUGAUCUGAAAACUGCUAUUCGACACAUAAUACACAACCUGAGGCCCCUCAUUUUAACUGUAGAUUGACAAAAAUCUAUUGAAUGAUAGACAAUUAUUUUAUAAUGUUUAAUUAUCUAUGAUGUCUAUUAUUAUUAUUAAGUUAUUUCAACAUCUACAUAUUUGCCACACUGCAACUGCAGAGAAAAGUGAACAUUUAUUUCACAGAUUGGUGAAUACUUUUCUUGCAGAGAAAGUUCUUAACACUAGCUGCUUAGCUUAGCAUACAUACCGGAAAGUGUUGAGCUGCUUCUUUUAAGUGUGCAGCCUUUAGCUCACUUCACUAAGUUGUGCUGCUGGUGGUUAUUUUAAGGUUUGGAGGUGUUAUCAUUACCACCUCUGACAGAGCAGGGUGUACAACCACUGAAAGUAUGUGGUAUAUAGCACAUUUAUUCUAACAUUCAUACACAAUAUGAUCAAGAUGUAUAUUUUCUUAUUAUUAUAAAGCACUUGAUGAAAACCUCAGAUGAUGCAGUAUGGACUGAUAAUCUUCAGCUAGGUCUUUCUGAGGCGAUCAAUAUGAGAGAGGCAGGUUUCAGGUUAUGGCCGUUGUUUAAUGGUUCUUGGCUCUCUAGAUCACUACAUAAAACACUGCCUAGAUAUACACAGUUUUCUCCAAGUAUGACUGUGUAAAUUAAAGUGAUACAAUGGUACUAAACCUUAUCAGGUGGAUUGUAUAAGUGAUAUAUGAGAAGAAGAGAAAUUACCACUCAGUGUUCUUAAUGAACGAGAAGGGAGCAUUUUUACCUGUAUGAUGAACAUGUACUGGAAGUGAUCAGAGAUAACAAAAUAAAAAUAGGGUCACUUAAUUAAGUCGUUAGCAACAGUUUGGUGCCGGCAAAUAUGUUAGUGUCUAGCUCAAGCUUGAUCCCCAACACAAAUGACACAGACAUGGGACUUCUGUCUCUUUAACAAUCUUGAAAAGUUGUUGGUUAGCAAAAGCACUUUCCAUUUGAUAAGCACAACUUCUUGUAGCCAUUAACAAGUUGAACAAAGCAAAUGUGAAGAAUUCACAUAUUAGUCAGAUUUGAUUUAAGGGCAUGUAUCUUUUGUAAACCGAAAUCUUUGGUGAAGUAAUCAAUCUAAUGUAGGUUACGAGAAAAUUAGCAAAUGUUUUGAUGGUAUAAUAUGGAUGUCUUCUCAAACAUUACUUGAAAUAACUUUAAGGUUAGUGCACCUGUGAGCCCCUGCCAUCAUGAUGUUCCCCCUUUGGUCCUUCUGUAGAUACAAAUAAUGAAUUGGAUGUACUGUUGGAGGUGUUCAAGUGUCCGUGUUGUUAAUAAAAGAAAACAUGGCUCCAAUGUAAUUGAACUAUAGUACCUACGUAUAUUCAUUAGUGUUGUUAAACCUGGACCUAUACUCUGAUCAGAAGUAUAAUUCAAGUGUUUGUCUCCCUCUAUUGAUAGUUUCGCUGUUGUUUUAAACUUUAUGUUUAAUGUUUAUUCGAUUGAAUCUGACCAGUGAUGAAAUGCAAACUGUCAAAUUAUUGAUUUAAUAUUUUUUUCUUAAUAUAUAAAUCAUUUAUAGUCAGUGGCGUAUGAUCAGUGGUAUAGUUUGGGUCGUUUCUGACUUCCUUGCUGCUUCUUGGCAGACAGAAACCUACUAACUCGGAUUUGAUAGUGAGUUGGUUUACUUGUCUGAAUAUCAAUAUAUUUUAAUAAUGAACUCCGUUACAUCAGAGUACAGUGAGUGCUGAAAGGCUAUGUGAGUAUUGUCCAGUCAAUUUGCUACACAACAAACUUUUUUUAAUCCCUCGUUUACCAUUGCAUCUAGAUAUUGUCUUUAUGUAUUUGUAUGCGGAGUGAAUCGUGUAAAUCGGCCACUGGGGCAUAACAUAUUGUGUGGUGUUGUUUAACGAAUGCAAUACUUAUAUUUUUCCCCAACUUCCUGUUCCUAAUUUGACCUUUGUGAGUUUUUCAAUGAUGCAAACAUAAACACCCAUCUAAACCUCACAAGACACACACACAAAUGAAAUUAACUUCAGGCAGCAGAGUUAGGGGAUACACUGUGUUGGUGGCUGAUAUAAGAUGAUCUCUGAGGACCUCUAUUUAGAUGUCAGUGUUAUAAGUCUCCAUCUUUGUGUGAUUUAUUGAAAUGUGUAUGAUUGAAAAGUAACAUAAUAAGUAUUGACAUUGGCCAGCAUUUAUAAAUAAUGUAUAUAAAUGUAUACCCUUUAUAUUCUAUAUGCAUAUCUAGUUUGUACAAUGUAAAUAGCAAUUAAAGUUUUAGUCCAAUUAAAAUGUUAAAUGUAAUCAUUUUCAAAGUGCUUUUAAACCUUUUUGUCCUUGGAUUCAUGUCGAUUUUCUUGUAUCUCUAUAUAUUUUAAUAUGUUGCUGGCAGUUGUUGUACUGUAAACAAUGUUGCAAUAAAGAUAAUGAGGUAACAACA